AUGCGGAUCCAAAUGUUGUCUUCUUUCGCAGCCAUUCUGGCUCUGGUUAUCACCACAGUCACAGGGCAUGAGUUAUCCAACAAUGCUGUCACUCGGCGACAACCAACAUAUGAUGAGAGCCAUACGAGGGACAACACCACUAGUGGUAGGCUUCUGACCAGAGGCAUCGACCGGAAUGUGUAUGAUAAGCUUGUGCGAAAAGGCGAGUAUCUCCUGGACCAGCUAGAGAAGCCUGCCGGUUACGUUCAACCAAGCCAUUGGGUGCAGUACGCAGACCUGGAGAAGUAUGGGUGGACGUCGCAGAGCAGGAAGUUCGAUUACCAAGAGACAGCUAGGUGGUUCAUGGCUGGGUCGAACGAGCAGAUCUUUGAGGCGUAUUCGCUCAGCAAGGAUCCAGACGACAACGUCGAGGUAGUAUGCACCAACGAUAGAGCUGUUCGAGUUGGUGAUCAUGAGUAUGGUGCCUCGCAGGGAGAGUACACGAAUUUGUUCAACUCGAAAAUGAUCUUUGCGACGAACAACUAUUCGCCUGGUCACAAUGGACCAAAGCAAGCCAAUCCGGUAUCCAGCAACCAGAUCACACCACUAAGCCAUUGGUCAGAUGUGGUCUUCCUGCAAUGGCAGCAGUUCUGCAAGCAUGAUCCAGAGAAGAUGAAGAAGCUCGUUGGCAUAGCGCGGGACGACGUUGUGAAUUGGGACACCGAACAGGUAAUCCUUGAAGCCUUACGACCUCUCGCUGACUCGCCUGAUGCCGACAUCGACAGGCAGCCGUUCAAUCAAGGCACCUGGGUCGAUAUGAAAUCGGACAGUGGCAAGGCCAUUCUUGGGACGGCGUCAGGAGCGGGCGUGGCGUUCUUCCUUGCACAACAUAAGGUCCAGCUCGGCAUGAUGACCGUGAAGCGCGUGAAAGUGUACAAGCCGAAUGACUUUACGGAUAAAGCACUCCUGUUCGAGCUUGAGCCGGUGGGAGGCCAGCAUUGA